AUGGGCGCAUACCGCCUGGCGCCGCCUAAAGGGAGCCUCGACACCUGCUACGACUUCACCGGCGUCAUGGUCGUCAGGGUGCCGAGGGUCGCGCUGGUGUUCGACCGGAACGCCGCCGUGGAGCUGGACGCCUCGGGGAUCCUGCUCGACGACUGCCUCGCCUUCGCGCCCAACGGCGACGACCGCGCUCCGGGGAUCAUCGGCAACGUGCAGCAGCAGACCAUCGAGGUGCUCUACGACGUCGGCGGCCGGUCCGUGGGCUUCCGCCGCGGCGCGUGCUGA